AAAAUAAUUAAUAUAUAAGUAUCCGAAUACUUCGGUUCAGAUCAGAUUUGGAUCUCUAAAUAACAAAACUUUGAAUAAUUUGAAUAUUUAAUCAAUUUAUGUUCGGGUUUGGUACUAUAUUUUCGGAUCGGUAUCGGUUCUGUUCUUCGGAUUCAUUUUGCCAAACCCUAAUAAUUACAUGAAAAACAAAUAUCAACAUAUUUUUCAAAAUAUACAUCCGCGCAGGCGCGCAGAUUAAAUAUUAACAUAUUUUUCAAAAUAUUUUGCUAUCAAUUUUGGUUCGGAUUUAGUAUUACACUUUCAGAUCAAGAUCGGUUUCGUUCUUCAGAUUUUGUUUUUUUUCAAGCACUAAUAUUAACAUAAAAAACAAGUAGCAAAAUAUUUUUGAAAAAUACAACCGCGCGGGUGCGCGGGUCAAAAUCUAGUUCUACUAUUAUGAGUGGUGUUCAAUAUUAUUGGGUUUAUAAAAUUUGAUAAGAAAAUUUUGGUUCUAACAUAUUUAAUAAUAAAAAUACAAAAACAAUGUCCAGUCAUGUGAAAAAAAUAUAAAGAAGGGAUAGGAACUCAAGAAGAUGACAUUUGAGGUCACGAUUUUAUCCUGUAGAAAACGAUAAUGUUGUUUAGUACUAUGGGUGGGGAGAAAAUAGAACUUAUCGACGACUUUAGUUACAUCAAGUUAUGGGUCUAUAUGCAUGGGCUUUUAAAAAAUCAAGUUAAACGAAACUGGGCUUAAAAUAUAUGGGCCGGACCACGUAACAAUCGAAAUUUAGAAACAAAACGACGUAGUUUGAAUCAUCGUUUUGUUCUGUGUGCGUCCCCCUAAAUCAGUGAAAAGCGAAAAUUUGAAAAUGAGCGGAAGUUCCGGUAAAGGAGGUUCGAUGGCGCUUAAUCCUCGGAAACGUUGAUCUUUUUCGGUCCUCUGUCACAACUGUGUAAUCAACGCUUUCUCUCAUCCCUCUUCUCCUUCGUCUUCCCGUUUUCUUCGAUUCUCCUUUUGUUUGUUUCCCUCUCUCUCUCUCUCUCAGAUUCGUUUCUCCGCCUCCCUCUGUUUUGAAUGUGAAGGUGAAAACUAUAUAUAUAUUAUUAAUAAACUGAAGAUUUUAAUGGCAGCUCAGAGAUUCUAACUAGACGAUCAAACUAUGUCAGAUACAUGGACUCGGCAAAACGUGAAUAAAAACGUUUCACUUCAGACCGGGGAAGAGUUCUCCAUGGAGUUUCUCAAGGAUCAUACUCCUGCUCAUAACGAUGACCAUAGAUUCGGUGACCUUUACUACCAGAAUCAGCCAGCUGGGUUUCACGACCUGAGGAGGAUAGAGUCUGAGUGUCCUUCUGAUGCAUAUGACUUCGGACGUGACCCGAGAGCUGCUUCUACAUACAUGCCUCAGUUCAACAACGCAUGCUACAAUCUUGGUGGUGAGAAGGAAGUUAUAACCAGGAAGGCUUUCGGCGAAAUAAACUCAAACCAAGGAUGUGUCAGUGUCACAGGGAAGUCUGCGCCUUCUGUCAUCUUACCUGAGCGUGUUCACCCCAACAACUACACUGUAGGAGGAGGAGGAGAGUUUGAUAGGUUUGGUAAAGUUAAGUUUCUUUGCAGCUUUGGUGGGAAGAUCAUGCCGAGAUCCAGCGACGAGAAGCUGAAAUACGUAGGAGGAGAGACGCAUAUUGUUUCCAUACGCAAGAACCUUUCCUGGGAAGAACUCAAGAAGAAGACCUCAGCUAUUUGCCAGCAGCUGCAUUCGAUCAAGUACCAGCUUCCUGGUGAUGAGCUUGACUCUCUGAUAUCAGUAACUUCCGACGAAGAUCUUCAGAAUAUGAUGGAAGAGUACAACGGACUAGAAAGGCCUGAGGGCUCACAGAGGCCUAGACUGUUCUUGAUUCCUAUUGGACAGCCUGAAAUGAAAAUCGCUGGUGACACUACAAGUUAUCAUGUAAACCAUUUGGACCAGAUGCUAAGGCUUGAUACUCAACUUUUCAAUGGAGUUCAGUAUAACAUGUCUGCUUAUCCAUCGCCUCCUAUCUCUCCUUCACCGUUCAAGCAUAAGGACUGCUCGCAGUUCCUUGGCGACAACUCGAGCUCAGAGAGCAAUAACUCCUUCACUCUACCCCAACCAGAGCCUUCAGUGAACUUUCAAACUUACAAGCAUGAGGCGGAGAACUCUUACGGGAUUGGCUUUAGCAAGAACCAUGAAACUCCCAUUAGGUUCUACUGCGAGAAACCGUGCAUACCUGAGGAACCUAAGGUCUCGUUUUCUGGCUCUACGAAUUCGAAUGAUUCCUUCUUGGGGAUACCACACUCGCACUCAGACUCUACGUUGGAGGUUAACGGUGGGCAUUCUAGCUACUUCUCGCAAGAGAGACAGAGCCCGUCUUCGCCGUUGAACUUUACAAAGAAACAAACGGAAGAGAAGACAGUGCAGGAGCAUAGGAACAUCGAUCUAUCUAGCCGUCGUACACAAAGUAAUAUACUCGAUUUUGGAGGAGGACCAGGACCAGCAUUGCAUAGAGAGGUAUCUGAUGUAGGCAAUCAUUAUGAUGAGAUUUUUCUAAAUCAAGAAAGUAACAGUGGGAAAGUUAUGGGGACAAGAGUAGUCCCUACUAACAUAGAAUGCAAGAACUAUGGAAACCAGACCACCUCAGUGGUUAAUGUUGACCCAUGGAAGCAAAUAAUUCAAGAUAAUGAUCUUUUGAUGGCUGGAACAUCAUCUGGGAAUCUAAUUUCGUUGGACGAAGGCAUUGCAGAUGACACCCCAAAUCAGGAAAGGAGACUAUUUGAUCAUAUUCAAGAACCUGUAAAUCAAGCUGUCAGGGAAAGGAAUAUGGAAGUUUCAGGGGUGUUGUUAAAUAAGAGAGCGAACUCUGAUGUGGAUUUCUUGUUCAACAUCUCUUCGGAAGCAGCAAAGAGAGAGAUUGUUCAUGAGACAGGGCUUUUAGAACUUGAUCCAACACAAAAGAAUAGAGUACAAAGGGAAAGUGGUUCAGGCCAUGUGAGAAUCCAAAGCAUGGAUUUGAAUCAGCAAGUGCCAGGGACAGCCAAUGAAACUUACAAUUUGAAGAUCCUAUCUGUCCAAAGGCAAGAUUCACUCGUAACCACUCCACACACAAAGUUGGACAGCAUUGAUCCUCUCUUCCUCUCUGAGGAGGCUGAAGCUAAUGUUGACGAGAAAGUGAAUAGUUUUGCCGACACACUCAUAGUUGAAAUGGAAGCCAGUGUGUAUGGCUUGCAGAUGAUAAAGAACGCUGAUCUUGAAGACCUAACAGAACUUGGAUCCGGGACAUAUGGAACUGUCUUCCAUGGCAAAUGGCGAGGAACCGAUGUCGCAAUAAAGAGAAUAAGGAAAAGCUGCUUUGGAGGAAGAUCAUCUGAACGUGAACGCUUGACCAAAGAUUUCUGGAGGGAAGCACAGAUACUCUCAAAUCUCCAUCACCCAAACGUUGUUGCAUUCUAUGGUAUAGUCCCUGAUGGAGCUGGAGGAACAUUAGCGACUGUUACAGAGUUCAUGGUGAAUGGGUCUCUAAGACAUGCUCUUGUCAAGAGAGACAGGUUGCUUGACGCUCGGAAAAAGAUAAUAAUAGCAAUGGACGCUGCUUUUGGAAUGGAGUAUUUGCACUUGAAGAACAUUGUCCACUUUGAUCUCAAAUGUGAGAACUUACUCGUCAAUCUAAGGGAUCCACAACGGCCUAUAUGCAAGGUGGGAGAUCUUGGCUUAUCUAGAAUCAAACGUAACACUUUGGUAUCUGGGGGAGUGAGAGGAACACUUCCAUGGAUGGCACCAGAACUCUUGAACGGAAGCAGCACCCGGGUCUCGGAGAAAGUUGAUGUAUUUUCAUAUGGGAUCUGCCUAUGGGAGAUUCUAACAGGAGAGGAGCCCUAUGCAGAUAUGCAUUGUGGAGCAAUCAUUGGUGGGAUUGUGAAGAACACGCUUCGACCACCCAUACCGAAAACAUGUUCUCCGGAAUGGAAAAAGCUGAUGGAACAAUGCUGGGACAUAGACCCGGAUGCUCGUCCUCCAUUCACCGAGAUAACAAGCAGACUUCGAUCCAUGUCUAUGGAACUCGUCACUAAAAGCAAGAAAAGAGAAAAUAAACCCUGAAGACGUUUACAAACAUCAAGAGAAUCAAGAAACGGGUUUAAGUUCACAUUCCUUCAUAUUUGUUUAAUUCUGUACAAAAAAAAAACAUAUAUGUAAAUGUAAAUGUUAUUUAUUCCAACAUAAGGGGAUGAGAAACAGAGUUUGGAAGUAAAGAACAAUAAACUCAGUUUUGUUUUACACAUCUUUGUAUAAAAGUUGAUAUUUUGGUA